GAGCCAGAUUUGACCCGGCAUGGACAACAUGUUGAAGUUUAUGAAACUAGUCGGGCAGCUGAAACGCGUGCCGCGAACGGGAUGGGUGUAUAGAAACGUGAAGCAUCCGGAGAGUGUGUCCGACCACAUGUACAGAAUGUCUGUAAUGGCAUUAACUAUACAGGACUCGAGUAUAAACAAAGAGAGAUGCAUGAAACUGGCAGUAGUUCAUGACUUGGCUGAGUGCAUUGUGGGAGAUAUAGCUCCUGCAGACAAUGUCAGCAAAGCAGAGAAACACAGAAGGGAAAAGGAGGCGAUGAUGCACAUCACUGGUCUUCUCAGUGAGGGUCUGAAGAAAGAGCUUUAUGAGUUAUGGGAAGAGUAUGAAACCCAGUCCAGUCCUGAAGCCAAACUGGUGAAAGAAUUUGACCAACUGGAGAUGAUCCUGCAGGCCCAUGAAUAUGAGGAGCUGGAGGGAAGACCAGGGAGGCUCCAGGAGUUCUUCUCCUCCACUGAAGGUAAGUUCCAUCACCCCGAGGUGCUGCAGUUAGUGAGGAGUCUAAAUGAGGAGAGAGCUCAGCAGAUGGCAGCGGUGCGGCAGCCUAACUCUGAGAACAACACAGACCAAAUGUCAGGACCAGGACCUUCAUGAUCCCAGUGGAUCCACCUCUCAGCCAGAACCUAUAAACCCAGCAGUAUUUGUUAAGUCAUGAUGUCUGUGUUAUCUUUUAUAGUUUUAGAACAUUUCGUAAAACCACUCUCUGUUCACUUAAAGGUCUCAGUGUGUUUACCUCACUCUCUGUUAACUUAAAAGUCUUAGUGUGUUUUCCUCAUUGUGUUUUAGUGGGACUCUUGUUCAGGGUGACCUCCUUAGCCAUAACGGUUUUUUUGACAGUUUACAGAAGUGAUUCUGGGCUUGUACAGUUCAGUGCCAACAGCGAAUUACACCCAGACAUUACUGUCAUAAGAAAAAGCUGAAUCAGCAUUCACUUCUGGUUAAGACUGUUUUUUUUUUUUUUUUAGUA